AUGGCAGACGCAGCAGUGUCCCGGUGUGAUGGCAAAUGGCCUGAGUGCAGUCGCUGCAAGGGCUACGGGUAUGAUUGUGUCUAUGCAGCUGGGGGUCGAGCCAAGAGGCGCCAGGAAGCCUCUACCGAUGAUGGCUCCCUGGACAGUGCUGUUCAAGGACAUGGAGAUUUGCGUGAAGCGAUAAGGCAGUACGAGUCAUUAUUGGACAUGGUAGUGUCGAAGCUGCCUACACCACAACAUCAGGAAGAUGCAUCUUCAGUGUUAACUUGUAUGAAAGCCGCGGACAGAGCCUUGUCCAACAUCGACGCAACUACUCUGACGACAAGGCUAACAACAGCCUUGACUGGCUCUGAUACUCUCUCCUUCCGUCCGCAGGUCAGCCAGGCGGAGAGAUAUCUUGGUACAGUGAGCGACGUGUGCUUCUUCAACCUGGUCAAACGGGUGCUGCAGGCCCAGCCUGGUGAUUCUGAUUCUGACCAACGAGUUGACAGCUACGAGCAAGUCGAUGACAUUGCAUCUCCGAGUGUGAAUGUCAUGCCUGGGAGAGUAGUCGAGCUGCCGAGUCGCGAGGCGGCGAAGGUGUUUGCUGAUGUGUACUUUUCUACUGUGCAUCUUGCUUUUCCGUUUAUUCCGCAGUCGCUGUUUAUGAGGUCGCUUGAUCAAGCGCUGGAUUCAUCGGAUGACUGCUCUCUGGAUAAUACCAGACUGGCACUGAUAUACGUCAUUUGUGCCAUUGGAGCUUACUAUACCAGCAUACCGGGAGAGCAAAUUGGAGCAAACAAGUGUCAUGAAGUUUACUUUCUUCAAGCACUGUCUCUAGCUCUACCCGCAGGGGCAGACCGGUCAAUCCAUCACGUCUCCCUGCUCCUAGCCCAAUGCUUCUACAUGUUGGCAGUCUGCCGAACAGACAGCUGUUGGGCAACGCUGGGACAAACCGUCCGUAUGGCCCAGAGUAUCGGAUUGCAUGUCGAGCAAAACGAUCCCCAAAGGCUCAAAGGGUCAGGGCGUUUACUUGUAGAGCGACGGCGGCGGAUCUGGUACUGCAUAUAUGUUCUGGAUCGCUUGAUCUCUCUGCAGCUUGGUCGACCCCCAGCGAUCCAUGAAGACUACUGCCAUGUUCCGCUGCCUUCUCGACUUGGAGAUUCUGACAUUGACUGGGAUGGCGAUGAGUUUCCGACGAUGUUUGAAGGGCCUUCUGUUGGUGACUACCAUCUAGAAGUCAUCUCCUUCUCUAAGAUCGUCAGCCAGGUUCUACGAGAUCUGUAUAGCCCGAGAGCUGGCCAGAACUUGACUAGUGAUCUGUUCAAUACCAAGGAACUCGACCUCAAGCUUGUACAAUGGAAGCUAUCACUGCCUAGAACAUUGCGAUUCGACUUGGGACAUGCUUUUGACAAGUCCUUCAUCUUCAAACGCCAGCGAAGCAUGUUGGCUAUCAAAUAUCACCAUCUACGAGCUCUCAUUCACAGACCAUAUCUCUGCUACCCGAUAAUGCGCAAUCUCGAUGACGAGACAGACAUUGCACUCAGCCAGCCAAACUGGGCCCUCGUAAGCAUGUAUGAAAAGGUAUGCAUCGCCGAGGCACGCGAGACAGCACGUCUACUGCACUGCAUCUCGUGUGAGAAGGAUCUGGUGCAGGAAUUCCCUUGGUGGCAGAUGAUUUCGUGUUUGAUCUGCGCAGGGUCUAUCUUGGUGGUCUCAAGCAUUUUUAGUCAGCAGACGGGUGAUGCAUUGGAUGGUUUCGACGCUGCUGGUAUUUCUGAUGAUGCGGAGACUUGUCUGAGGGUGUUUGAAGCUUUGAGUGUCAACUCGAAGGGUGCGAGGAUUGCGAGAGAUAUGAUGGAGGGGCUGAAAGAGUGCGGGCUGAGAUGGAGAGACGCGACGCUGACAUCGGAGCCAGCAUACGCGACACUUCCACCUCAUACAGCCUUGACAACUAGAGGUCACAUUCCAAGUCUAGAUGGACAGGACGCGUCGUUGUCGGAAUUUUCUUACACCACACCAAGCGCCUGGCCAGCGGAGAUUGUCGAUUCCAUGGCGUGGUCGGUCCAGUUCUUUGGCGCCGUUCAGUCUGGGGAAUAA